AUUUCAGUUAAAAUAGGAAUUGGUGAGUGUGGAUGGUGAAUUUUCAAAGGUGAAUUGUUCACAAAUCUACAUUGCAGAUAAUAAAACGAUGAUGAAAUUGGCAUUUGACGAUGUGUCAUCGGUAACCGGUCAGAAUAAUUCUAUUUGCAUCUUUACUCAGUAUACAGAACCAGUUGUUCUCAGUGGUCUCAUAUUAACAUUGAUCGGAUUAGUUCUUGGAUUAAUAAUCAUAUUUAUUAAGAAACUACAUUCUUCAUCCACAAUGAACACUAUCUUCAUCGUGAUAACCUAUAUUGUACUAGGUGUAGCCUGGAUUUGUUGGUCCUGUGCAAUGUUAAUUGUGAUUAUAUUCACAACAUACCAUCUAGACAUACACCGUGAACAAGAACAGCUUUCUGAAAUCUUCAUUAUGUUCGUAUUGUUUUAUGAAUAUUUCGUGCUCAACUACACAUUACAGUUCUCUUUAAAUUCUUUCUUUGAUUGUAAACAAAGCAGUAAUAAAAAUCUGACACGAAUAAUAGAUCCUGUUCCAUUGAAUGUUUUAAUUAGUUUACGGAUAUUCAUAUGACAUAUUUUAAAGAUCAUUGUAAACUAUUCUGCUAUCUAUAUUAGAUGUUCUGUUGAAUAGAUGUUUGCCUAUUGGAUUAAAUUUCUGCACAGAAAAAAUUCUUUUAGAAUGCAAACAGACAUUGAAGCACAUUUCUAUUAUACUUGAAAUUACCGCAAACCAUAUUGAAUGGAGUGAUUUUUUCAACAGUCGUAUUUUCCAACUACACAUAUGUAAAUUAAACCUGCCUCUUUGUUUUUUUGUCUUUAAUGUAUUCGUAAUGCAUGUAUUGAUCUGGAAGUGUUUGUUUGUUUAUAUAUUGAGCCAUUGGAAAAUCAUUUUCGUGGACAAACAUUCGUUUGUUGGUUUCCUCAUUCAAUUUCGUGCCAGUUGUUAAAUACAAUAACAGUUUUUGAUGGCAUUUGCUAAAA